AGACAGCGUUUUGCCAAGUUGGUCAGGCUGGUCACGAACUCCUGACCUCAAGUGAUCCCCGUGUCGGCCUCCCAAAGUGCUAAGAUGACAGGCCUGAGGCACCGCGCCUGGCCCUGGAGGCCUUUAAAUAACUCCGGAAGAGCCAGCCACAGGUCCCGCCCCCGCCGCCCGCCCCGCCCCCUCAGUGGCUUCCGUUUCCAUGGUGACGGGGCACUAGGCCCGGGCGGCCUGGCAUUUGAGCCGGGGGUGCAGUGGCAGCGGCAGGGUACGUGACAAUGGCAAUAUGAUCAGUGCGGGGGUGGCGGCCGGGUCGUGGCACCCCAGCUCGCCGACCCCAGGCUCCCGGGUUACCUGGCGCCAGCGCCCCGCUGUGGGCGUCCAGUCCCUGGGGCCGCCGAGCCCGCAGCUCGUGCAGAGCGACCCGCAGAAGCGGGUCCUGGUCCUGGAGAAGAGCCUGCAGUUUCUGCAGCAGCAGCACUCGGAGACGCUGGCCAAGCUCCACGAGGAGAUCGAGCACCUGAAGCGGGAAAAUAAGGAGCUCCAUUACAAGCUCAUAAUGAAUCAGAAGUUACAGAAGAAAGGUGGCAGUGCCGACCUUGUACACUAUCCCGCAGGCAGCCUCUCCAUGUCAAGCUUCCAGUCUGUCAAGUCCAUGUCAAAUUCCACGGUGCCGGCCAACUCUCAAGGCAAGGCCAGGCCCCAUCCCAGCUCCUUCAAGAAGCAAGACUUGAAAGCUGAUGUCCCCCAGAAAGUGGACCUGUGUCACCACAGCAAGAUGGACAAGGUUCCUGGGGUGCAAGGGCAGGCCAAAGACGAGAAGACAGAGGCCUGUCAUGCAGAGGCUGCCUGUGCAGGGGGCAGCCAGCACCAGGGCAGGCAGAUGAUGGGGGUGUACCCCCUGAUGACUUUGCCCCCUUACCUGCGAAAGCCCACCACACUUCAGCAGUGUGAAGUGCUCAUCCGCCAGCUGUGGAAUGCCAACCACCUGCAGGCCCAAGAGCUGCAGCACCUCAAGUCCCUCCUGGAAGGGAGCCAGAGGCCCCAGGUGGUUCCAGAGGAGGCUGGGUCUAGCUCUCCCAGGGACCAGGAAGCCAUGCAGUUCCCCAAGGUCUCCACCAAGAGCCUCCCCAAGAAAUGCCUUCUUCUGAGCCCCAUGCCUGUAGCGGAGCGUGCCAUCCUGCCAGCAUUGAAGCAGACCCUGAAGAACAACUUUGCUGAGCGGCAGAGGAGGCUGCAGGCAAUGCAGAAACAGCGCCUGCACCGCUCCCUGCUUUGAGCCGCCCACAUUCGGUCAGUGCCGGGCCGCCACCCUGCAGCUAGAGAAUGGCUCUCUGUAGCAUUUCCUGAUACUUUACUACUCCUAAGCCCUGGCUGAAUUCCAGGAUAGAUGACACUCAAGACAGAUAAAGUACUUGAUCUCCAAACUCACAAACUGUUUAUUUUCUAGCUGUUAUUUUGCUAUUUGGCAUUUAUGUAAAAGUACAUGAUGAAGUCGAUAUUGCCCUACUGGUUGAAACUAAAAAUAAAGCUUUUCUUUCCAAGUCGUA